AUGGGUGAUUUGACGGACGAAGCGGACGCGGAGGGUGACGGGGAUGGGAAUGAAAUUAGGGUAUUUUUUUCAUGUAAAUUCUGCUACUCUGACGACGAUUCGAUGGGCAAGUGGCUGUGUCCGUGUAAGUGUACUGGCUCGAUUAAGUGGGUUCAUUCGAGUUGUUUUGAUAAAUGGCUGCAAAAUGCUCCGAUCGCACAAAAAACUCAGUGCCAAACGUAUGUGUAUAAAAAACGAUGGGAACUGAAGCCGUUCGAGGAGUGGUGCGUGCCGAGGGUGAAGUUAUCGUGUUGGGAGCUGUUGGAGAUACUGCUGGACUUGUACUCCACUUACGGACUGUUGAAGGGCUUAAAGAGGACCCUGACGGGUCAAAGGUCAGGUCUAUUCAUUAUUUAUUGUGAUAUGUCGUGGUACUCCCAAUUGGCGCAUUUUUUGUUUUGGAAAACUUUCGUGGCGACCGAUCGAAGAAUUGGAUUCUAUAAGAAUUUGGGCAGAAUGAUCGCA